GUGGACAAUGACGGCGACGGCUUUGUGGGCGGCCUCGAGGGCGCAGCCUUCAUUCGCCGGGCCAACCUACAGAACGACGCGAACCGCGAGGUGUGGCGGCUGGCGAGCGGCGGCAAAUCGCAGGACAAGCUCGGGAAGGACUCGUGGUUUGUCGCGAUGAAGCUCGUCGCGCUGGUCCAGAGCUGUGGCAAGUGCAAGCUCCAGCUCUUGUACGAAGCGAGUGCGCCACUGCCGCUGCCCGACUUUCACCUCGAGGGCCCACCGGACAAUGUGUUGCCAUCGCCGCCCGAGGGCCACGAGCGCCAUUUCCAGAUCAGCGUGAGCAGCCCCACUGUCGUGGGUACAAGCUACAGCCGGUUCACGCAGUACAUUGUGUCGACAACCACUGACAGCCCUCUCUUCCCCAUGACGUCGUGCCAAGUGCGCCGGCGGUUUAGCGAUUUCGAGUGGCUGCACCAGCGGCUCACACACCGCUUCCGUGGUACCAUCAUUCCGCCGAUCCCGGAGAAGCGCUGGACUGGCAACAUGGACGCCACCUUUGUCGAGGAGCGCCGGCAAGCGCUCGAGCACUUUAUCAACGAAGUGUGCAACCACGAAAAGCUCUCCAAGACGUUUGAAGUGCAAAUCAUGCUCACGGCCAACAACGAGGGCCUCGUCGCCGGCCGGGAGCUCCUCGCCAUCCAACCCGCGGUGGCGGCCUACGUGCCAAAAGCCUCGUCGGUCACGGGGUUAUGGAGCUCGAUGCGCGACUCGCUCUUCGUCUCGGCUGUCCAGCAAGCUGUCGAGAUCAAGACCGACCAAGACUACACCAAGAUUGGCGAACACAUCGACGUGUACCGGAAACGCAUUGAAGACGUCGUGCGCUGCUCGGACGUCGUGUACACGGCCCAGCGCGCGGAGGGCUACGAGCUCUCGCGUUGCGGCACGUACUUCUCCAACCUCGCCGUGCAGGAGCGCAUGGACGUGGCCACAAGCCAGCUCAUGGGCAGCACGGGCGAGUGCUUUGAGGCCCUCUCACUCGUGUAUCAAGACCAGCUGGAUGCGGUGCUGGCCAACUACGUCUCCAACAUUCGAUACCUUGCUGGCAAAGUUGGGGCUGUCAAGACGGUUCUGAGCAACCGGGAACACGCAAUCAAGGAAGUGCACUUGGCGAGCGCGACCAUGCACCGCAACAAGGAGCGGUUCGCGGCGGCGCGUGCGAGCAGCGGGGCCGCGGCGUCGGCCAUGAUUGCCGAGCAGAGAAUGGUCUCGGCCGAAGACCGUAUGAACACGGCCAAAGAGCAGGUCGACUUUAUCGCAUCGAGCCUCAAGGUCGAGACGCAGCGCCUCGACUUGGGCAAAGCCGCCGAGCUCAAGCAGUCGCUUCUCGCGCUCGCAACGACGCACAUUGCCUACCACGCCAAGGCGCGCGAAUCGUGGGCGGCCUUGCUGCCCGACAUUGGCGUCUCGGAGCGCGACGUGGCCGCCAGCGUCGAGCGAACGUCGCGCUCCGUAGUCUUUGCGCGGCCCGGGGCGCCCCGCGCGACAAUGUAAACGCAAAUGACAUCGCUCUGUAAGGUCA